UCGAGUUCACGCUCUUUUCGUCUAUAAAUAGGCAGAGGCUUUUGUUCACUGGUCAUCUGCUCGUCCAAUCUUCUGUCAAAUCUUCAAUCGUUGUUCUUCCAUCUCCAAUCAGUACUCUCCUGGACUCGUUUGAUCGACCAUGGUUGCAGUACAGAAUAAGCUAACCACGAGAAUGACGUCGGUGUGGUAAAGUUUACUUCCUUGUGAACCACGAGUUUUGCUGCAUUUCAUUAUGAGCUUCUGAGUUCUGCGAUCGCAGAGAACAAUCUCUGUAUCAUUUGCAUCAGAACAAAGGCUUCAAGUCACAUUUCCUCUUGUAACCGCAUACCGUUUGUCCGACGGUUCUUACUUUGCAAGAACAUGGCAUGUCAAUCGGAAAACGUUCCCUAUCUUCUCAAGAAAUACAUUUACAGCCAUGAUCAUGACGAGAAAAGCUGUGAUGCAUCUGUAGAGAAAUGGUUCCAACAACUUCAGAACAAUGUCACUGAUAGCAACACCUCGAUCAAAAACCUCGAAUCCAUUGUCACCAGUUGUUUCAAUGAUCUGACUUCUAGGAUGGAGAGGUUGGAAUCCGAGAGUGAAAAGCGAAAGAAGGAAGUGGUGUCGGAGUUUAACACUGUGAUGGGUUUAGGUAGUCGCGUGAACCAUUGGAACGUCAAGUGGGACAAUCCAGAGGGACUUUCCAAAGAGGUAGACGUCAGCUGCAAGGAUGUCUACCAUUUGAUGGAGUCGGUAAUGAAAAAUCUCUUCUCCUUCAUAGAUGAAUCACGUCGAAUGCUGUCAAAGGCUAUUGCAGAUAAAGGAGAUGAGAUGAGAAAACCUCAAGAGAAGGACAAUAAUGAGAAUUACAAGGACUACGCUAGUUUGCUUGAGCAAAGGCUUUCUGGGGUAGAGACAAAUGGUCCCAUUGAAUACCUUGACAUGUUGGAAGCCAAGGACUCUGAUGAAGAAUCAGAGUACUACUGCUCUGAAACAGAGUCAGAAAUACAGAGUGAAGAUGAACAAAUCUUCAUGGCUCGACCAACGAACCCAAAAUUCCCCGCUAGGGAGCAGAAAACUCUUAGAGUAGACAAUUACAGUGACACAGUUCCUUAUAAUCGGCCUGGUAAUGAUGUUACAGUCCCCCCUCACUGUCACCGUGAUAGGUACAUGGUUUGGCCUGGUACUGGUGCCGAUAUUGCUAUUGGAACAGAAGAAAAGAUUAUACAUGAUAUGGCAUAUCGAGCUUUCCAUCUUUUUGGAAACUUAGAUGACUGGGAAGAAUAUAAAAAGAUUCUUUCUGAGCGACGGUUAAAUGCCAAGCUGAACUUGUAUUCUAGAGCACUAUACGCAAUUCAUCAAAGAAAAUACUGGGAUGAAGCAUAUACAAACCUUCCACCACGGCACCUUGGCAUAGAGAUGGACCUUAAAACCAUUUAUCAAUCUGUGCAAGGGCUUAGGGAAAAAGUUGCGGAUAAAGAAAACAUUACCUCAAUUAUGCAAGAGAUUGAGAAGUUGACCUCUGGAGGAAAUCCUCUGCAAGACGUUAAGGAUAUCACAAAGCAUCUGCAGUAUCAGAUUGAUGAGGUUAACCGGCAAGUUGCAGAGUAUGAUGGGGUCACGAAUCCAGGAUUUCAGGUCGAGAGCAUUGGAAAGACUAUCGGGGAACUAAAGUUGGCCAUCAAAGAAGUUGAUUUCCAAACAAUGGCCAAGAGGGUGCGGACCAUUCAGAGAAGGCAGUAUCAGGAUUAUGCAAGGAACCCAUACUUCCGGGCAAAGAUUGAUGAUCAGAAUCCUACAAACAAAAAGGCUGACCUUCUACCGAACGAUGCUUUCAUUGAUGGUGAUACUAUUACUGGAAUAGUAACAGCAUUUGAUUAUGUUGGAUUGCUUGAAGUUCAUGAAAAUACCUUCUCACACAAAACUGGAAUUGGUCGAGAUGCGUAUGAUAUUGGAUAUAUAGAAAAUAAGAUUGAAACCAAGGAACAACUAGAACACUCUUCAAUAGUUUACCGCCCAAAAAUUGUAGCUGUCAAGCUUGAAUUUGCAGUUAGCAAGAAGUCCAAAGAGAUCUUCCAAGAAAUUGAUUGUUUCAUUGACACUGGGGCAACAAUUAGUGUUGCAAAGUCCUGCAUUUUUCCAGAAUGUAUGUGGAAAUCUUUAAAUCCCAAAUUAGCAGUGUGUACUGUAUCAGGUCAUACAAUCUUUCUUGACCAAGAGAUAUUUGUCCGUGCAAAGGUUGACGGGGAAGACUUAACUUUGCAUUUCUAUGCUUAUGACAAGCAAGGUUAUGAUAUCCUUAUUGGACAGGAUAUACUUGACAAGCAUCUUGAGAGGUAUUCUCAUGAUAAGGCUAAUGUCUAUUGGACAAUUAAUGGGGUUGAGCACAAGAUUCCGCGAACUCAUGUGUUAAAAUUUCAUACAGUCAAGUCUUUUGCAGGUGACAAUGAGGAAGCUGCACAUGCAUAUGCCAAAAACAAUAAAUUGCAAGAACAGAACUUCAGAGGGAAUUUCAAACCAGAUGCAGGUCAUGAGAUUUAUCUUCAUGAAUGUAAGCCAAAUGGAAACCCUUUCUAUCUACAGAAGGCAUGUGAAAUGAUUUUUGAGCUAGCUCCCUCUCAUCAACAUGACAAAGAAUUGGAUUUUGAAGAUAUUAAUGAAUUUUCAGCCAAAGAAAUCUUUGAGAAAUAUUUGUGUUCCCAAUCUGCAUAUUCACUUUCCAAGAAAGAUGCAUUUGAAAUUGAGGUGAAGCUUAAGCCAAAUCAUUCACAGGUAAUGAAAAGCAAAUGCAUACCUAUGGAUGAGGAAGAUGAGGAGAAAUGCAAACAUGAUAUUGAAGAGUGGGCAAAAGCUGGAGUAGUGAGGAAAUCCAAAACACAUGGAGGCCUUGUCUCUUCAGCCUUCUACAUCAAUAGUCACCAGAAAGGAAAGCAGUUGGUCAUCGACUACAAGCACCUAAAUAAGAAUGUUAUAAGAGAUUGGUAUCCUUUACCCCGCAAGGAUUCAUUAUUCACCUUGAUUGGGAAUUGCCAAUGGUUCAGUAAAUUUGAGGUACAAUCAGGAUUUUCUCAGUUGAAACUUGCCGAAGAUUGUAAGAAAUAUUUUGCUUUUAGCACUCUUAUUGGCACCUAUGAGUGGAAUGUUAUGCCUAUAGGUUAUUGUAAUGCACCAUCAGUAUUACAAAAGCACGUGGAUUCAAUCUUUGGUCCAUAUCAUGACUUUGUCAGAUGCUUCCUUGAUGAGAUUUUUGUUUUCAGCAAAACUAAAGACGAGCAUAUUUGCCAUCUGAAGCAGUUUGCAAAAGCUUGUUGUGAAAAUGGGAUAGUUCUUUCGGCACCACAAAUGGAGAUCCUGAAAAAUGAAAUUGACUUUCUUGGUUUUCAUAUCAAAGGUAGUCAAAUUCUUUUGCUACCUCACAUUUUGAGAAAAAUCCAAGAAUUUCCAGACCAACUUAAAGACAAAAGGCAGUUGCAUAUGCUUUUGGGAUGUUUAUCCUAUGCAGAAGCAUUCCUCAAGGACUUUGCCAGAAGGCGGAAGCCAAUAGCAAAGCUUCUGAAGAAAGGGGAGGCAUUUAUUUGGGACAGGGAAAAGGAAAGUUGGUUGAAAGAACUUAAAGCAGAGUGUGACUCUUUGCCACCAUUGCAGCUACCAAGCGGAGAUGAUUUCCUGAUUGUUGAGGCCAAUUCCUCUGAUGCACACUGGAAUGGGAAACUCAAGUUUGUUAGCAGAAAAGAUCUUCAAGAAUGGCAGGUAGCCAACUCUAGCAAUAAGGAAAGGUACGAAGUGUUCUCCAUCUAUGCAUCUGGUGCAUUUUCUAAAGCUGAAAAGAAGUAUCCAGCAUGUCAAAAGGAUGUCCUUGCUGCAAAAAGGGUGAUGAGAAAAUUCAGUAGCUAUUUGCUACCAAGAAGAUUUUUGCUCAGAACAAGUUUCCAAGAUAUCAACUCUGUGUUAUAUAACAGAAGUAGUGAUACUGUGCUAGAAGAAAGAUUGCUCAAAUGGCAAGAAUGGUUCCAGUCAUUCACUUUUCACAAUGAAGAAGUGGGUGGUGAAGCCACUGAAGAGAAUUCUGCUCUAAAAGGAGUUCCAAAAGAGGUGAACUUGAGCAGAGAGACUUCAUUUGACAAUCAAGCAAUUGAUCAGAGCACUCAGCCAUGUAAGUUUUCCACUAGUCAUGCUGCCCUUGAGCUCUCAAGUGGUAGUGUGUUAGAUAAUCCUGAAGAGUAACAUUUGAAGAAGCACAGGGAGCCUGACCCUGAACAAAAAAGGCUAUAUCUGGUCAUGCAGGAACUCAGCCAGAUGAAUUCAUCAGUAGUUCCUUGACUAUCUCUAGCAGUGACUUGCCAGCUAGCAGUGGCGAUGUGCAACGUAUUUGGUGACGGUAAAAUUUCUGAACUGGAAAAGACAGAUGAUAUAAACAAAGGAAUGUAGAUUAUGCUGGAUAAACAGUGGUGAUAUAAUUGUCCUAGAGGUCUGAAAACUACUAUUCCGUAGUAAAAACUGUGUCUGAGGCAUGAGUUCUUCGUGUUCUAUGGUCUUUGGGUGUCCAAGUUCAUGUUGGUGGAAUGCUUCUGUAGUUAUUAUGCUUAGUGUUUGGGUAUUUUGUGGGUCCAUUCCAUGUCCCUCUGUUCUUCUGUUGGUUUAUGGUUUUUGUCAAGAGUAAAAUCUGCUGCCAUCACUAGGAGCUGUAGUCCACACUCUUUCACUUUCACUUCUUUGCUUUAGGAAAACCCAUAUGAAAAGAUCUCAAGUGCUGAUAGCUAGCUUGUACUAAGAGCUUCUAUUUAGUUCUUCAUGGUACCGCUUCCUGAAUGAUCUUCUAAUAAAGUUGUGUUUCUUA